AUGUUCCUACAGCCCACAUAUGUUCUAAGAACAAAAACAAUACCCAAUCUGAAACUUGGCGCGAACUCCCGCUGCACGCAUCCCACGAACACGGGACCGUCAACGUCCUGGACGCGCUCGUUCAAACGCGUGGGCAAACCCAAGUUCCGGCUCACUCGAGUCGCAGGUUUCCCCGAGUCGAGCACGGUCAACCUGGGAAUCUCUGGUCCCGUUUGGGCAGCCUGGACAGAGAGACACCUCCCGGCCGUGCCUGGCGCCCCGAAGUCGAACGAGCCUAUCGCCCGCGCAGGCGUGGCUAUCCAGGGCGGCCGGCGAGGGGCGGCGACAAACUCGGCGCCCCCGCUGCCGCAGGCAGCAGGAGCGAGGAGGAGAUCUGGAGGAGGAGGAGGAGGAGGAGGAGGAGGAGGAGGAGGAGAAGGAGGAGGAGGAGCCGAGGAGCCUCGCGGGGCCCUCUGA